CUGCGCUUCCGGUCAGCACGUUGUUCCCGGGGCCGCGGGACAGCUUUCGCUUGGCCGCGGAGCUCGGCUGUGGGCCGGUUGGAAUAUGAGUGAUUUUAGUGAAGAGUUGAUCACACCUUUGACCAAGGAUGAAACAUCUGUGCUCUCUGGUACAGGAAUGUGUUUUCCUUGGCUCCAAAAGCAUAUUGAUACUGUGGACACUGGAGGUAAAAUGGAAAAGGAUUUUGCACAGACAACAAAUGCUUGCCUAAGUUUCAUCCAGGAAGCUCUGCUGAAGCACCAGUGGCAACAGGCUGCAGAGUACAUGCACAGUUACUUACAGAUCUUGGAAGAUUCUGAUACCUACAAAAGACAUGCUGCCCCUGAGAUUAUCUGGAAGCUUGGAAGUGAAAUUCUCUAUUACCAUCCUAACAGCAGUGUGGAGACUUUUAGUAAUUUUGCUGACCGGAUGAAAAAUAUUGGUGUCAUGAAUUACUUAAAGAUCUCCUUACAGCAUGCGCUCUACCUUCUGCAUCAUGGCAUGCUUGAGGAUGCAAGCAGAAAUCUCAGCCAAGCAGAGACGUGGAGAUAUGGUGAGAAGUCCUCUUCCCAGGAAGUUCUCAUCAACCUCGUGCAGGCCUAUAAAGGGCUUUUGCAUUAUUUCACUUGGUCGAAAAAGAAGAUGGACUUGUCUAAGCUUGAUGAAGAUGAUUAUGCUUAUAACACAGCUUCCCAGAAUAUGCGUAACAGUAGCUGGAAGACAUCUAUGAACUUUGCUUCAUUGAUUCAAAUUCCUGGAGUUUGGGAUCCUUUUGUGAAAAGUUAUGUGGAGAUGCUGGAUUUCUAUGGGGAUCGAGAUGGAGCCCGGGAGGUCCUCACCAAUUACGCCUAUGACGAGAAGUUUCCAUCCAACCCCAAUGCCCACAUCUACCUCUACAACUUUCUAAAGAGAGAGAAGGCUCCCCAAGAGAAACUGAUAAGUGUGCUUAAGAUUUUAUAUCAGAUUGUACCAUCUCAUACACUGAUGUUAGAACUCCAUAGAUUACUGAGAAAAUCAGGAAAAGAAGAACAUCAUAAACUGGGAUUGGAAGUAUUGUUUGGAGUCUUAGAUUUUUCUGGUUGCACUAAAAAUAUAACUGCCUGGAAAUACUUGGCCAAAUAUCUCAGACAGAUCUUAAUGAGGAAUCAUCUCGCCUGGGUUCAGGAGGAAUGGAACUCCAGGAAAAGUUGGUGGCCAAACUUUCACUUCAGCUUUUUUUGGGCAAAAAGUGAUUGGAAGGAGGAGAAAACUUUGGCUUGUGAGAAAGCUCUGGUAGCUGGAAUAUUGUUAGGAAGAGGUUGUAGAUAUUUUCGGUAUAUUUCAAAACAAGAUCAUCAAAUCUUAAAGAAGAAAAUCAAGCAAAUAAAGAAAUUAGUGAAAAAAUUUAGUAUUGUAAAUUCAUGACCCUGAUACUGAAUUUUAGUUAUUUCAGAUUAAAGGUUACAGAGUAGUAGAUCAGCAGGUAACUCAUUUGUGGUUUUAUAAAUGAUGGGAUGGCUACAAAAAGGUUAUCUUUAUAUUUAUGUUUACUCUCAGUUUUAUCUAGAGAAAAAAAAUUUCACGGCCUUUGCUUUUUGUAAAUAUAUUUUUGUUCUCUUUUUUUGUACUUUUAAAUAUUUAUUAAAGAAUACUUUUUCCAAUAAAAAUGUGUUUAUUUAACCA